CAUAAUACUGAGCACGCAUGCAUGUCCAGUGUCAGCAUUCAUUCUUUCCCAUUGUCGUCAGAGCUAUAGUUACAUUCCCAUCUGUAAUUUCGUGAGUCACUAGCGGAACAAGGAACAAAUCUGUUGGAUAGCAAAUAAUUCUCAUAUUCGCGAUCGAAAAGGGUCUCUUUUUAUGUUACCCGCCGGCCGCCGACACAAUAUCCCGACGAGUUUUUACAGCAAUACAGGUGACACGCCAGUGCUGAGCGUAAUGUGAUGUGAUAAUAAACAUUUAGAGAGAUAUUUUGUAUCGGCAAAGGCUGGGAAUAACUAGACGAUCAGGAUAUUUCGAAAGUUAAAUGCUCGAUGGAUUAACUAAUCGGGAGACGAAACCAGUCAUGAUCAUGCCGGUAUAGAUUGUUUCAAGGGCGAGUAUAUACGGAUCAGGUGCAUGGUCCGCGCUGUCAUAAACUAUCUUAGUCAGUGGGCGUACAACGAAAGUAUACUGCGGUGAUCUAUCUUUUAUGGUGCCGUCGUAUAGCUUCUUGUGACUGUCUUUGCGCCAUGGCGGAACGUGGAGCGAUGUCGUCUACCAAAGGGAAUGCUACUGACGAUGAUCGUUAUCCGACUGGUACCAAGCAACACUCGCCUCGUCAAUCGUCGGCCAAGUCGUCGGGGAAAUGCCCGCAUUCUCAUUUCUUAAUGUGUGCACUGACCGCAGGCCAAGUCGCAGUGCUACUACUUUUCCUAUUGUGGACGAUUAAGGCUUGUUUUAUACGAUACCAUCGCGUCUAUAUUAUAACUACCGUCGAUUCCAGCGCGUUCGAUCCUCGUAACCAAUCAAUUAGAAAUGCAUUUCAUCAUACCAACGUCACCGAACAACAUCAUCAUGAUCUCCAUGGAAACCGCAGCAACAUCGCGGUUCAUCUCGGCAACGGUACUCAGCUAGAGCAUGCAGAGUGGAACGUCGCUAUGAAUAACAAAAGCGCGCGAAAAUCAAACACGAAGCGAAAUGUACGGAUAGUAUGCACGACGAACUCCGAAUCGCUCAGCUUCACGUUAAACUGGUUGGAAAGCAUGAAGAGAUUGAAUCUCAAUAUUGAUGUCACGUUUAUUGUAGAAGACGAAAGCGCGUACGAAAUUCUCUUGAGGAAGAAAAAGAAUUCAAAGAAAUUCGACAGGACGCGAUUGAUUGCCGGCAGACGAUCAAAGGGGGCGCACAUUGCCGGUUUAUCUUCAGCUGAUUGUGACGUAAUACUCGGCAUCCUCGAGUCGGGAACUGACGUCGUACAUAUUGCCGCCGAUACGGUGUGGUUAAAAGACCCCCUGCCCCACCUUUGGCAAAGAUAUGACAAAUGUGAUCUCUGGAUCACGUUCGGUGCGAUCAACACUCAAAGCCUCAGUUUAGCGUACAUGAAAGCCUCUCCUAACGUCAUCGCAUACGUCACAGCAUUGCAAGAGCAAAUGAAAAGUUCAACUGAUACAGUUCUGACACAUUUUAAGGCGCUGAAAUUAGGAAUCGCAGUGCUUCGAUACAACGUCCGUUUAUGCUAUUUGGGAGAUGAUCACUUCCCCUCUGAGCAACAUGUAUUUGAGGACCAUGCGUGGUACAAUUCCCAUAAAGAAGGGAUUUUUGUAGUCAGGACUGGGGCUAUAGUGGACACUGCACAUAAACGACAUUUAUUACAAAUGAAAAAUUUGUGGUAUUUAAGAAAUUCUACCGGCAAUGUAUGAUUGUUUUAUGGUUAUCUCAAAAUGUUAACAGUUUUAUUAACAAUUUUCCUGCGCAUAGUCAACAAUAAAUGUUUAUUUAUUUAGCAAAGGUUCUUGAACUUGGAUGCCAUGAUCUUUGCUCAUACUCCCGAUACCAGGAGCAUUUUUAAUAAGGGUAGACCCCCCCCCCCCCCACUUCACACCCUACCUGUAGAUGCGGUAAGCUUGCAUUGAGAUUUGGCUUGUUUGAAAAUUUCCGGCAAACUAUAAUAUUAUGUUGCCAAUUAAUUUCGGUUAUGUUCACACUCCCUCCACCCCUCUCCCGUAAAGUUUCUAGCAACCAGUGGCGGAUCUAGGGGGGGGGGGGGGGGGGGGGGGGAGGGGGAGCCCGGCCUGCCUCCCCCUGGCCCCAAAAAACAUGUAAAUUUAACCUUUUUAAAAAUAAAAACAGUUGAUUCGGCGCUAAAUAUUUUCU